AACCUAAUUUGAAUCACAAGAAGUUGGUCGAUAAUUUCAAUCUUUAAGUGUUCACAGAAUGUAAACUUGACACUUCGCUGUCCACGUCAUCCAUUGAUUGAUUUAUUAUCUCACCCAUAAUUGUUCAUUUUGAUAUCAAAGAUGCCAGCUUCUCGUGAAGAAGUAAAUUUUCAACGCCUUCUAGUAAGGUGUGAAGAGAUGGCUGCGGAAAACAGAUCAGGAGAUUGGCGUCUGGAAAAGUAUGUUUGUGCAUUGCAAGAUAAGCUGGCAGACUUGAAGAAAUCUCAAGUGAAACCAGCUGCAGAACUAAUGCAGAAUUACAACAAGAAGGUGGACUUUUUGAAAGAAGUCAUCCAAAUGGAAAAGCUGCCAUCGGCCAGUGAGAAAGCAAUGAAAACCCAGCUGCUAGCUCCAGCUAAGGCAUCUGGCAUCCAACAUCCCAACUCUCCCUCCGUAAAGAGAUCCAAGGACCUUCAUCAACAGCUCUCAGCCAGAUAUGCCAAUGAGAUGAGGAAAGAGCUGCUCGGAGAUAAUGACAGUUUUUCAAGUCCAAAUGGUGUAAGACAAAGAAGGGGAGAUGGAGGAAGUAAUGAUGCCGCAGAAGACCUGGAUGAAGUCCUUAAACACCAUCACAACAUCCAAGAGAAGCUUGCAGAGGAGAUGCUCUCACUGACGAGAAACCUCAAACACAACUCCAUGGUUGCUGGUAGCAUUGUAAAAGAGGAUAACAGAAGGUUGGAGGAGUCGAACAGGAUGGCAUCCUCCAACUACGCCAAGUUGAAGACGGAGAGCGAGAGACUAGAGGUCCACGCCAACAAGACCUGUAACUGGUGGGUCUGGGGUCCAGUCAUCUGCGUCACCAUCAUCUUCCUUUGGAUGAUCUUCUUAAUACGACUCUUCCCUUCGAAGGCUUGAACCGAGCUGAAGGAUCUGGCUCUAGAGGACUCUUAACUCUUUGCUUGCAUUGGUCAAGUAGUGGAACAGCUAGUGGAGCGCCACCGUCAACGUUGGCCACUCAUACAAUUUGUAUGGUUAUGGUAUGUGGACUCCAAACUACUUUCCUGUCUAGGGUUUCUAUCUACAAGGAAUAAGAUGCUUGUUCAGAGCUUAAUCCUAAAAUCAGAGGGCUUUAAUCCCUUGCUUGCAUUGGUCAACUAAUGAAACAACCAGUGGACUGCCACAGUCAACAUUUUUGUCACUUGUACAAGGUGUAUGGAAGGUGUACUCAAAAUGUUGUUGCGUAGGGUUUCAAUCCAACAAAUGAAAAGUUAAUUUUGGCACUAGUUCUUCUGCUGAGAAGUCAAUGACUGUACUGGUUUUGGAGAGCUCCUGUGAUUGGACAGUUGGACACCGGAUAUACAAGAAUCUACCGUAAUGGAAGUACACUCAAGUUUAUGAGCUGGUCCUGAACAUUAAUCAUGUGUGUCGUGAAUGUGGAUGAUAUUGACCGUAAUGCUCGAGAGAAGACAUAAGACCAGGGUAGCGUUUCAUGAGACAGUCCUAAGAACAAGUUCGCCGACAACUCAUUGAAAUGCAUGUAUUAAAUUUAACACGUGUUACAAUGGGAUGCCGGUGAACUUGUACCUAGGACGGUUUCAUGAAAUAAUGCCCUGGCCUGAUGUAUUAUCAAUUUGAAUCUAGCCAAUUUGGCAAAUCACUGACAUGGGUUGUAAGGCCUGUAAGUUACCAUCUUUUUACUCAUUGAAAAAAUUUCAUGCUGGAGCUUAAUUUAUGUGGGUUGUCUGAUAAUGGAAGGAAGGGAUGGAGAUUGGUGUUACUGUUAGUUUAUGGCUACACCAUUCAGGACCAUUCUACACAACAAGCCAAAGGAAUUCUACCCUAGUCUCUCACUCCAGCCAUUAAACAGGUUCUGUAACUUAACCUUGAUGUUGAAGUAUGGUUGAGUUGGUUGAAUUGUAAAAGCAUGGCGAUAUAUUUUUGCCAAAAAACAGGGUUUGUUUUAUUAUGUGGUAUCCGAAAUUCAAAAGAUUUAAACAUUUAAUAUUGUGGGAAUGACAGUAAAGUUAGGGGAGAUAAAUCAUAUUCAUUUCAAUAUUCAAUGAUGAUUACACUUAAAGCAAGUAAUUAAAAUACAAAAUGAAUUGGGGGAGAAGGUAAUGUAAUAUGAUGGUCUCUUGCAGAAGGAUAGAGUGUUCAAUUAACAUCUGAAUUAUUCAUACCCCUUGUAAAUUUGAUGUUUGGGGGCCUUUUUUUGUAACUCUAGAAUGAAAGGUGGAUUGGUUAAUUAAGAAAGCAUUUGCUGAAUACUUGUAGAUGUCAGCUUUAAUGUGUCACAUUCUCAAGAAACAGAUCGGGACUAACCAAUUUUUAUUCACAUAAUUGAAAAUUACAAAAUUUGAUGAGAGUAAUGGGGUAUGAAUACUUUAGUUGUAAACUAUUACUCUUAUCAAAGUGGCAUCUUCUGUUGUAGAGAUUAAGAAUGAUUAGUAUUCAGGACAUCUCUGUGUCUUCUACUGCCUUACAAGUAACUAUUAAUAAUACUUAUUCACUAGAUCAAUUUUAUAGUGCUGAUGAAUGUCAGUCUGAUCUUCUUCAUGUGGACAACAUUAAGUGCAAUUUGUCUUUAUUUUAGGUGGGUUCAGUUGCCUAAAGUGAAAUUUGGUGCUAAAAGAAUCCAAACGGUAUCUGUGGUGAUUGUAAUCAAAUUUAUCCCCAAUUCUAAAGGUCUAAAUAACUGUCAGUCUACCAAAGCAAUAUUUUUGUUCUGGUAUGCCUUUCCUAUGUUUUUGAUGAUUUACCUCAGUUUUUCAUACAUACAGGUCUAAAUUUUGUGUUGCAGACGAGGGGGGUGUUUCACAAAGACUAAGAUCGACUUUAAGUUGAACUUAACUAUGGCAGGCCAUUCAUACCAGUGGUUGCUCUCACGAUUGGUCUUUCAAUUAUGAUCUUUAAAACAUUUUUUCCUUCAAGAAUGAAUUAUCAAAAAAUGUGAAUUCUUUAGAUUUGUGACCAUGAUUUGUACAUCUUUUGAGAGACCAAUACCAGUAAAUGGUGACAGAAAAUUGUGGCAUUAAUGGCCUGCCAUAGUUAAGUCCAACUUAAAGUCGAUCUUAUUUUUUGUGAAACACCCCCCUAGGCAACAUCAACUCUGACCCAUUUUAAAUUGCUCAACAGUCUGCCUGAUUAUCCUGGGAACUCAACACGUAAUUUUGUUAGUCCUGUAUUGAAAUUGAUUUCUUGCCAUGACAUUAGUAUUAUCAAUUUGACCCCUAGAUAAUUGAGACAAACUUUUUGUGAGGAAGUGUUGACUUUUUUAAAUUUUGACUUAUUUUUAUUAAAGUAUUAUAAUUUGUCUUCCCCUGUUAGCAUUGGAUCAUUGUAAUUUGAUACAAUUACAAGAAACCUUCUGUAUACAACCGGAUAUACACAUUUGCUUCAAGACCAAUUAAUCAAUCUAUUUGUUUGACUGAUUCAUUUACAAAAAAAUUUCAUUUUCUUUACAAUUUUAAUAGAUGAGGAAAUUCUAAUUGUCAACCUUGACAAAUGCAUGUUAACAAGACAUCACAAAAUUGCGAUGGGAUUGACUAAAUGAAAAUGAAAUAUAAAUGAGUGCAUGUUGGUACUGUGACUGUUGUACUGUAUAUUUAUGUGAAUAAAGAGUAUAUUUAAAUCAUGAAUCUGAAA